CCAAGAAGGAGGAAGCUCCUGUGCAGCCCCCUGAGGACCAGCGGCCGGCAGCGAGCUCCGGCCCUGAGACCCAGCAGGACAGGAAGCUCCCGGACAGCCUGCAGGCCUCUGAGCUGGCCAACGUGGCAGGCCAAGUCACCUGCCAGGAAGGGACCCAGAAGACGGCCAAGCUGAUGAAAGCCAAGCCGCUGCUCCCAAGCAAGCUACAGGGGAAGAGCCUGACGCUGGGCCCCUCCAGCUCAGCCUCCAGCCACGUCUGCUCGGGAGACCAUGACUACUGCAUCCCCAGCGCGACGCUGGAGCAGCCCAAGCCCACCCCGCCAGCCCCCAGCACCACCGUGGGACCCAGCCCGGAGCCGCUGGGCACAGCCUGCCAGUCCUCCCUGGAUUAUCGGACUAGCGUCCCCAACAAGGCCACUGAUAGGGGCAGCAGCCCCCCCACCUCAGUGCUCCUGUCUCCAGCUGCAUCCCCCUGCCGGGACCAGGAGGUGCGGACUUCCAGUGCCCAGCCCAGCCAUGCUGCUGCCAAGAGGUCCCUGCGCUGCUACCGGAGACCCCGGGACUCGCCCAGCCCCUCUGCCAGUGCUAGCGAGUCUUCAUCUUCAUCCUCGUCUUCCCGAUCCCGGUCACGGUCGUUCUCCCCACCACCCAAGCGGUGGCGAAGGUACCGCUCAAGAUGUUCCCACAGCUCGUCCUCCCGCUCCAGCUGUGGGUCAUGUGGCAGGUCCCGGGACAGGUCCUCAUCCUCAUCAUCAGCAUCCUCCUACUCAUGUAGGUCCAUGUCCCGCAGCCAGUCCCGCUCCCCCUCGCCCCGCAGGAGAAGUAACAGGCGGAGAAGGUACAGUUAUGAUGCGCAGGACCACUACCAAAGGCAGAGGAUCCUUGAGAAGGAACGUGCAAUAGAGGAGCGACGAGUUGUGUUUAUUGGCAAGAUCCCCAGCAGGAUGACCCGGUCGGAGCUGCAGCACCGCUUCUCUGUGUUCGGGGACAUCGAGGAGUGCACCCUGCACUUCCGCUCUGAGGGGGACAACUAUGGCUUUGUCACCUACCGCUAUGCCGAGGAAGCCUUUGCUGCCAUCGAGAGUGGGCACAAGCUGCGGCGCCCAGAUGAGCAGCCCUUCGACCUGUGCUUUGGUGGCCGCCGGCAGUUCUGCAGGAGGAACUAUGCCGAUUUGGACUCAAACCGGGAGGAUUUCGACCCAGCCCCUGUCAAGAGCAAGUUUGACUCCCUGGACUUCGACACGCUGCUACGGCAGGCACAGCGCAGCCUGCGGAGGUAGCAGCUGGCGAGGCGGAGCGCCCGCACCCGCUUUUAUACUCAAACACAAAAGACAAAAAAGUAUGGAGAGGGAGAGAGAGAGAGGGUUUUUAAGAAAAAGAAAAAGCUAAAAAAGAAAUUUGUUUUAUAACCAGUAUUUAAGGAGGACGGGUCAUUUGCCUUUGACCAGAGGGCCCAGGUGAGUGGCAGCCCCAGGCUUACCUCAGCCAUGUAAUAAAUGUGGAUGCCCAAACA